AGAUUUGUUUUUUUCAAAAUGGCGUCAAAAAUAAUAGGUCAAGGUGCUCGUCAAGUAAAACCGAUUUUAUCAUCGGAUUUAAACGAAGCUCGCCGAAGAGUAUUGAACCUGUACAAAGCUUGGCAUCGACAAGUACCGGAAAUUUUACACAAGUAUGAUGUUCCUCUAACACAAGAGCAAUGUCGAAGAAAAUUACGAGAAAGAUUUGAAGAGCAGAAGAACGUUAGGGACAUUAGAGUAAUCGACAUACUAGUUACCAAAGGCCAAUUGGAGUUAGUGGAAACGGUAAAUAUGUGGAAAACAAGAUCGCAUGUUAUGAGGUUUUGGAAAGAGACUGAGAUUAAAAAGCCUAAGGACUUUCUGUCCAAGUUUUAUGUUGGUCAUACGGAAUAA